GGACAAUACAGUGCCACUGACACGGCCUGCAACGAAAACAUGCGGUCUCUCCUUCACUGCAGCCGAGGUGCUGAAGGGAUGUGUGGGUUGGAAGUGUUAGGACACAUCUAGUCCACCUCUGCUCAGAGAGAACACAUCUAGUCCACCUCUGCUCAGAGAGAACACAUCUAGUCCACCUCUGCUCAGAGAGAACAUAGCGCUGUGUCUUCCACACACUGCCUGCCUGGGGAGACCAGCCACCACAUCCUCAGAGCAUUGGAUGCUGCUGGGUCAAAACCAGAGGAGAAGAGAGAAUGGCUUUCUGUGGUGCUGUGAUGAUGAGAGGAUAACGGGGCCAAGCACUGAGGGCCCUGAGGUGGACAGGCACAGUUGAAGCUGCAGGCGAGGGUUGAGCCAGGCAGGCAGUGGGCACCCACCGUCCAGGGACCAGGAGCCACCAUUUCUCGGGUGGUGUGGCCGGCGCGGAGGAGGGGCGCCGUGCGGAGGCUGGAGGCACUCUGGAUGAUGACCAGCCUGUUCCGCCGCCGCAACAGUGGUAACCAUGGUGAUGUGGCGUCACACAGCGACAGCCCAGUCCCAGCUGAACUCAACAACGGUAAUCCCAGUGGGGGUGGGCGAACGGUGCGGCGUCUGGAGUUCAACCAGGCUAUGGAGGACUUCAGAACUAUGUUCCCCAGCAUGGAGCAGGAGGUGAUAGAGUGUGUGCUGCGGGCCAACCACGGAGCCGUGGACUCCACUAUCGACCAGCUGCUCCAGAUGAGCCUGGAAGGACACGGCUCUGAUGACGGCUCCGACUCAGAGGACAGCAUCCCCCCCGAGAUCCUGGAGCGGACGUUGGAGCCGGACAGCUCUGACGAGGAGCCCCCGCCGGUCUACUCUCCGCCCUCCUAUGACAUGCACAUCUACGACAGGAAGUACCCAGAUCAGGUCCUGCCCACAGCAUCACCACCACCCAGCUUUGAUGCCAGUCAAUCCCGUCCCUGCCAGCCCCCUCCUGGUCCACACCCUCCUGCCAGUCAAAGGCAGAUUGGAAGUUACAGGAACUGGAACCCACCGUUACUAGGCAACCUCCCUGAUGAUUUCCUCCGGAUCCUGCCUCAGCAGCUGGACAGUCUGCCACGCUCUCACAGCAGCCUAACGCCGACUAGUCUGACCCAGCCCUCCUGCUCUUCCUCCCUGUUGUCCAUGACGCAGCAGGUUGAGCCUGGGGCUGGGGCGGCGGCCAGGGCAGGCCAGGUUGGCAUGGAGACGGACCAGGAGAGGAAGCUGAAGCAGUACUUGGAGGAUGAGCGCAUAGCCCUCUUCCUGCAGAACGAGGAGUUUAUGAGGGAGCUGCAGCGCAACCGCGAGUUCCUCAUCGCCCUUGAGAGAGAUCGGCUGCAGUAUGAGUCAAAGGCAUCCGAGUCCCAUCAUUCACCAGCUUUCAUGGGGACGUCCACUCCAGGAGAUAAUUGUGCCUCAGGCUCUGGGGAGGCCUGCACCAAUGUUACAGAUGACGCCUUGUUCCGUGACAAACUCAAGCACAUGGGCAAAUCUACGCGAAAGAAGCUUUUUGAAAUCGCUAGAGCUUUCUCUGAAAACACCCGAAGAAGAAAAACAAAAAGGAGGGCCCUCAUGAAACAUCAUUCACUAGGUAAUGCUGCCUCCACUGCCAACCUCUUGGAAGAUGAAGAAGCAGGACACCUGAGUGAGGAGGACAGCAUGCUCAAGAGACCAGGCCCUCAGGAAGAGGAGGUGCCCCAACAGGAAGUGUUAUCAUGGUGA